GUGCAAUUAGGGCGGCCGCUGCGCGGGAUGGUGGCGCAGGCGCCCAAGCUAAUCGCCCCGCCCGCACGGGGGGCCGGGCCCUGUGGCCGCCUACAAGGCGGCCCAGCACUCGCAGGGGCUAGCAACGUGCCCCAGCGUGGCCACCUGCUUCGCUGCCCCCCUGUCGCCGCGUGCGGAGUCGGAUGCGGCGCAGAUGGCCGCGGCGAUCUUGGCGGGGCGGCGGGCACGCCUGCCCUCCGGUGCCCCUAUGUAGCCGCUCAGUUGCUCGAGGCAGGCGCGCGGGAGUGAAGGGCGGACCGCGUUGAGCUUGGUGAAAUGAGCGCCGCGGGCGGAAGUCAAACGUCAGCGAUGGUUUCGGCAAAGUAAUCUACUACGCGGCGGGGCCCAGCGAAUCACUUCUCGAAGCUGACCAGGUGCACUUCAAAGGCUGCGCGAGGUGGUGUAGCCCGCGGCUAACUGAGCGGCCACACCCUGCAGGCCCCCCG